UUCGGCAGCGACACCUUCACCUAGCGGGUGGCCAACAACCUGUUCCGGGUUCAAACUUACUCGCAGACAUUGGAGAUGAAUCUAAUGAAGGCUUAAUUUUUGUACAUACCCGCGUUUCCCUCGCUGAAGGGAUACAUUGAGCGUAUAUUUGUGCAUCGAGAAGCAUUAUUGAACAUUGUCUUUGUGACGCUGCUGCUGUUUUAGCUCCGUGUUAGCUGAACAUGUCUGCGGAGGAAGCGGAUAAAACAACCACCACUGAUGCCAGCGGUGGAGAUGAGGAGGAGGAAUGGCUGUAUGGAGAUGAGUCUGAGAGCAAAGAUGAUGACGAGGAAGCCAAACUGAAUGCUGCUGUCAGUGCACCUGCUGAUGCUUCAACAGAGGAUUCUGCUGAACACGCUACAGGGAAUGGAUUGGCCUCUGAGGCGACAGGUGAAGGUGAAGGUGCAGGCGAGGAUGUUGACAGUGACAGCGACAGUGAUGAUGACGAUGAUGAUGUCCGCGUCACCAUCGGAGACAUUAAAACUGGAGCACCACAGUACACAACUUAUGGAGCUCCACCUGUCAAUCUCAACAUAAAGACGGCAGGCUCCCGACCUUAUGGACAAGCCUCCAAGAUGAAGGGAGUGGAUCUGGAUGGUCCUGGAAACAUUAACGGGGUUCCUGUGCUGGAAGCGGACAUGGAGUCCUUUGAAGAGAAACCCUGGAGGAAGCCAGGAGCGGAUCUGUCAGACUAUUUUAACUACGGCUUCAAUGAAGACACAUGGAAGGCUUACUGUGAAAAACAGAAGAGACUGCGCAUGGGCCUGGAGGCCUCUACUGUCGGCUCGGUGACGAGCAAGAUCACUGUUCAGCAAGGCAGGACAGGCAAUGAGAAGGACAUAUGCGUUUUGCCUAUUCACACCUCCAAGCCAGACUUCACAUCUCCUGUCAGCCUGUACAAGCCCGUUAUCAGUCAGGUCCCCAGGAUCUCUCCCCCUCAAUGGCCCGGCCCGCCUCCUCCGGACAUGUCCUACUAUACGAAGACGAGUGGUACUAUAGACGUGAUUGGUGGAGGGACUGCCACCAUCAGCAGGGUUGAAGGGCGACGCAGACACAAUCUAGAAGGCAACAAUAUCCAGGUGAUCGCUGAAAAUUCAGAUGCUGAGCCGACUCCAGCUAAGAUUCCCCCGUUCUUCCCUCCUGGACCACUUCCUCCAAACAUACCCCCACCUCCUUUCCUCCCUCCACCACCAAACGUCAACGCUGCACCCCCACUCAUCCCCCCACCCAGGUUGCCCAUUACUGUCCCUCCUCCUGGUUUUCCGCCUCCACCUAGUGGGCCCCCUCCUACUAUCAUCCCCACUCUGGACAGUCACCCUGGAGGUUAUGAUGGACGCUCUGUGCCGCCCUACCCGUUCCCUCAAGGUGCAUACCCUCCACCCAUGGCAGGAGGUGUGCCUCCUCCAUGGCCCCCGAUGAUGGACAAUACCAAACCCUGGGACUUCUAUUCCCGCAGAGAAGACAAGAGAGAGAAGGAAAGAGAAAGACCUCGAGAGAGGACACACGAGCGGGAGAGAGAGCGGGAGCACAGCCCUUCAGCGAUGGGCUACACCAGCGAGGAAGAGCGGUAUCGUUACCGCGAGUACCAGGAGCGUGGUUAUGGAGAGCGACAUCGUGAGCGGUCGAGCCGAGAGAAAGAGGAAAGACACAGAGAGAGACGGCACCGAGAGAAAGAGGAGGGACGCCACAAGUCCUCUCGCAGCAGUAGCAGGAGGCGGCACGAAAGCGAGGAGGGAGACAGCCACCGGAGGCACAAACACAAGAAGAGCAAGAGGAGCAAGGAGGGCAAAGAGGCCGGAGAGGAGAUCAGUGCAGACCAAGAGAACCAGGAGGCCAUGGAGUAGUGAUCACCGACUCCUGUUUUGUUUCCGUCUGUCUUUCUGUCGGUCUCCUGUCUGUCCGUCCGUGUCUCCCCACCAAGAUGAAAAAUGGAGAAUAUGAGCACAGACCAACAAAACCAGGAAGUCACUGAGUGAUGGAUGCGUGCUGUCACUCCCCUCUCCAUCAAUCUCCAUUGUCCUGCAUCCUGCUGUCAUUCAUCCUCACCAUCACUUCAGGCAGAGAAUGGAUGGAGCAGAGGAGGUGGUAAAGGAGGGAAGGUCGUCCUUUUCACUUCAUCUGUUUUCCAUCACUAGCUGACAUCCGACAGGGCAUCAAUUUGUCUUCUUCCCCCGCAGAGCACUGCUGUAACAACUAGGUCAUGCUCAGAGAUUUCACUGUAUAGUCAGGACGAUCAGCAGAUUUAGCUCUUCUUUUUUUCUUCUGUCGUUUGUUUGUUCUUGCCCUGUAUGAAGACCUCUAUAGACAGCUGUCAGUUUGUUAAGUUCAAUUAAAAAAAACACUUUUGAUAAGAUGUCUUUUUGUGACUUUUUAAAGAAUAGAUAGUCUUUCUUCAAGUAUAUUAGUUUUCCGAUAGUGAUUGAUAUUAAUCUUCCACAGAACAGACGAGGAGACAUCUUGUGUCCAGCAGUUAAACCGUUUUAAAUAAAAAAAAUGUUUAUAGAUUCUGGAUUUCAGCAACGAGGGAGAAUGAGAGCAGAUGCAAUUUUAACAAUUUAUAAUGAGGUAAUUGAACUUUUUGUGGAGAAGACACAAAUUACUCCAAAUGAAUAUUUUUGUCUGGAAAAGAUCUUUAACAUAAUUCAACUAUGAAAUGUAUUAAUAUGAAUGUUCUUGUUUUAAAUGAGUAACUGUGUGGGAUAUGUUUAAUGCAACAACAAAAAAAAGGUGUACUUUCUGAACCACACGUAAAGAUCUUUCCUGUACAUCGA